AUGGAGCAGAGUGAACAUGACCUGUUGGAGGAAGCCAACAAUGUCGCUACCUUGGGCGAAUAUUUCGCGUGGGUGCAACGUUGUGACGAGUGUAUUGAACAAUUGGAAGAAAAGAGUCGUGCCAAGCAAACACGAAAAAUCGUGGCCUCUUCCCCUACAUCUGAUCUGCAAGAGUGGUUCACGCAACACGUGAUCGAACCCACCUUGACAACACUCGAAGAGUUCCAGGAGCGCGAUAGCGGGUGGGCGUUGUCGAGUAUAUUGAACCUGACAAUCAGCAUUAACAAGUACAAUCCCUUGCACGCGGGAUGUUACAUCAAAUUACCGGAGGAGAUCACGACGAAGAAGGCCGUAAUCAACGUGCAUUCUAUGGACAAUGCGUGCUUCACGUGGUCGGUGGUCGCUGCUCUGUACCCGGCGGAAAGAAACACGGAACGCGAAUCUUCCUAUCCGCAUUACACAACGGUACUGAAUCUCCAGGGCAUAGAGUUUCCCGUAACGCUGAAGAACAUUGCGAAGUUCGAACGUCUGAACAACAUCUCCAUAAACGUGUAUACCAUCAAGGAGAAGAAGAAAGAAGAGGAACAACUCACGAUCGUACCGAUACGACUCACCGAUGAGAAGAUGGAUAAGCACGCGAAUCUGCUGUACGUGCAAGAUGCGCAGGACAACAACGUGGGACAUUUCGCUUGCAUCAAGAAUCUGUCCCGCUUGGUGAGCUCCCAAAUAAAUAAGAAGAAUGGGCAAAAAUACAUUUGUGAGUGGUAAGUAGUAUUAUAUAGUAGUAUUAUUAUAAUGAAUAAAUACCUAUUGUUAGCAAUUAGCAUUGCCAGAAAUUAACAGGUCCUUUCUUUUAUUCUUGCAGAUGUUGCACUACUUCUACACUAAUGAGAAGUUGGAGGCCCACUCCGUGGAUUGCCAACGGAUGAACGAUUGUGCCAUCGUCUUACCCAACGAAGAGGACAAGUGGCUGCAAUUUACGCACUACAACCGGAAGGAGCGAAUGCCGUUCAUCGUGUACACCGAUCUGGAGUGCAUCCUGCAGAAGACGGAGGAGGACGACCCGAAGCUGUACCAGCGUCACCAGAGAUGCGAGGUCCAGUUGAUGCUUCAGAUGCUUCAAAGAAAA